CUCUUUGUGCGGCCCCGGCGCCCGUCGAGAGUGGGAGGGGAAACCCCGUGCGAGGGGCGCCGCCAUCUUGGCUGCGGGGGUGAUGGGGGCGCAGCGGAGCCGCGUCUGAGGCAGCGGAGCGAGCCCGGACCGAGCCGAGCCACACAGCCCGCGGGGCACCGGGCACCGCCCGCACAGCCGCGCUGCACAGCUCCCUGAGCCCCGAGCACAGUGCCACAAUGGCAACUGCACCUUACAACUAUUCCUACAUCUUUAAGUACAUCAUUAUUGGGGACAUGGGUGUAGGAAAGUCCUGUUUGCUUCAUCAAUUCACAGAAAAGAAGUUUAUGGCAGACUGUCCCCACACAAUCGGUGUUGAAUUUGGCACAAGAAUAAUUGAAGUUAGUGGCCAAAAAAUUAAACUACAGAUUUGGGAUACAGCAGGACAAGAGAGAUUCAGGGCUGUCACACGAAGCUACUACAGAGGAGCAGCAGGAGCUCUCAUGGUCUACGACAUCACCAGAAGAAGUACAUAUAAUCACUUAAGCAGCUGGCUGACAGAUGCAAGGAACCUCACCAAUCCAAAUACUGUGAUAAUCCUCAUAGGAAACAAAGCAGACCUGGAAGCACAGAGGGAUGUUACAUAUGAAGAAGCCAAACAAUUUGCUGAAGAAAAUGGUUUAUUGUUCCUUGAAGCAAGUGCAAAAACUGGAGAGAACGUGGAGGACGCGUUCCUGGAGGCUGCCAAGAAAAUCUACCAGAACAUCCAAGACGGGAGCCUGGACCUGAACGCGGCCGAGUCGGGCGUGCAGCACAAACCGUCAGCCCCGCAGGGCGGGCGGCUAACGAGCGAACCCCAGCCCCAGAGAGAAGGCUGUGGCUGCUAGUGACCCCUCCGUGCUCCUCCUGACCCCUCACCUCUGGCUCUAGGGAGUGGUGCUUUUUUGACCGCUUCCCCAUCUUCUGUACAUCUUACCGGGUUUAAUUCAAACUCUGAGACAAGUUUAACACAGUACUAAACUGCUAAACAACUUUAGAUGUAAUCAGGUUAUCAAAGGCAAGUAGAGUAAUAAAACCUCUCCUGCAUGGUAAAUCUAGAAGUUUUUUUUUUUCCUUGAUUGUCCUUGUGAUAGUGUCACCGAUACAUAAUUUAAACUGAGCACUGAUGCUGGACUCCUGAUUUUACACUUUUGCAGGGCUUUGUCUUGUAUGGUUUAUUUUAUGGUUCUUUGGCCUUUCUUCCCCACCUCUAACUGUUCGAGCUGUCAGUAGUAAAGGAUAAGUUUUUGCUGUGAAAUGACUUCUGAUGGUAGCGAGGGGCUCUGUAAUGAUGUGCUUUUGUUGGAAGAAUUCCCUGUGGGAUGUGCUGGGGUCGGGGUGGCGCAGGGAAGCGAUCUGUUCAUUCUUGUGCUCAAUAGCUUUAUGUCAUUCUUUUGCCACUUUUAUCCUUUACCUUUGUUAACAGAACGUAAAUAUGUAUAAAAUUUGAAGGAACUGAGCUAACAGUUAAAUACAUCCUGUGUAUAUGAUUUUAAUGAAGAAAACGAUGCCUGGCAUUAGAGCAGUGUGUAAGAACCCCCCGUUUGUACAGUGUGAGCUCUCUGCGCCCCCGUGGCAGCACAGCCCAGCUGCUGGGUGUCACCUGCAGGGUCCCCACGGUGCUGGGGACACAGACACUAACACUGGUGGGGUGUGGCUCUCGUUGUGCCCUGUGCAAUGCUCCCUGUGCACUCAGCAGUGCUCUGCCUGCUUCUCUUUGGCGUUCUCGGGCUUCAGCCGUGGCCGGGCUCUCGCACACCUCCCGCUUUUGUACCUGUAACUUUGGGACUGGGCAGAGGCUGAACUGGACAGUUGGAACAACGUGUGCUCUCUAGGGAUUUUUAACUACUCUUGUAUUUUUUAACAGUGCUGUGUGAGGGGUUUUUUUUUAAGGGUUUUGCUUCAAGCUUUCAAGUCCAUCCUUCCUGGGGUGCCACAGCCUGGCCUGUGUGAGGGGGUGUCACGUGGUGACCCUGCCUGGGGGGGUGUUGCUGCACUCCUGUGGGGUUUUACUGUGGCUCCUUGUGCAGCUUCACUUGGAAAAUAUCACAAGGUUUUAAAAUGGAAGGGGGUAGGUGCUUAACCACAAUCCUGUGUCCCACUUCAGGCUUACUGCAGCGUUUCAAAUACAAAGUAGUCUGAAAAUCCCUCCCUAGACACUAAAACUCUACAAUGUUCAGACUUGUAAGUAACCAGUGGUACCAGAGUAUUGUACAGUCAAUGUUAAAUAAAAGCCAAAACUGGAAUGUGCAGACAAUAGGAUUUGGGUAACUCGUGUGCUGUCCCUUUGUUUGUCUGGUUAGUCCAUUUUUAACUCCUGUUCCUCAGUAGAUGGGUAUGUUCAAGAUCUCCAGCUCCUGCAUCCUGCUUAACCCAAGGCUGCACCAGGGUUUGCCCAGGGACCACGACCUGCUGCUGAUGUGAAGUCAGUGUUGUAAUGACUACAGCUUGUUGAGGUGCAAUACCUGUACUCCCAGAGUAAGUUACAGUAGGUCUCAUUGUUUCUGUCACAGAAAGGAUCUGUUUGGACUGCUGUACUCCUCAUUUGAUGUAACAAUGCUAUUAAUCUAAAUAUUUGUAAAUAAAGUACCUGUAUCUAGAUAAA